UAGAUACCACUUCCUGGAUACACUUUCAGGGAAGCAGUCCUGUUGUUUUUGUUGAUGUACUGUGAUACACUGAUUUUCUUCUCUCAUUAAACGCACCAACACGCCUUUUACCCGCAAAAAACGAAAGAAUGUGGCGGAAUUACAGAUGAUAACGUAGCAGCACAGAAAGGCGGGAGGGCGGAGAGUAAGGUAGGCAACUAGGAAGUUAGCUUUGUGGCUAAUGACUUUCGACUUUACAAACUGCCUACGUGGACUUAUUUACCUUUACUCAAACGCUAUUCGGGUAGCUUAUCAGCUGGUAUUUUAGAAAAAUCAAUAAAGUUAAUUGCGUGUUCUACCGGGCAGUCGUUGUGUUUCCUCUCAAAGCGCCACGUCACUUAUCCACGGGGAAGUAGACCAGCAGCUCCAGAGAUUAGACCGAGCCAAAACAACACCGGUGGUCCUCACGUCUCUGCCUCGUAAAGCUUUAUUGGUUUUGUAAGACCACUGCCACGUACGUAGCAACUGAAAAUGACGGCGUCAAACUGGGGCCUGAUCACGAACGUGGUGAACAGCAUCGUUGGAGUCAGCGUGCUCACCAUGCCCUUCUGCUUCAAACAGUGUGGCAUCGUGCUGGGCACUCUGCUGCUCUUCUUCUGUUCAUGGAUGACCCACAAGUCCUGCAUGUUCCUGGUCCACACCGCCAGCAACACCAAGCGGAGGACUUACGCUGGACUGGCCUUCCAUGCUUAUGGGAAACCUGGAAAAACGCUCGUAGAGACCAGUAUGAUCGGUUUGAUGCUCGGGACUUGUAUCGCCUUCUACGUUGUCAUUGCUGACUUGGGAUCAAAUUUCUUCGCUCAGCUGUUGGGUUUACAGGUGACGGGGAGUUUCCGUGUGCUCCUGCUGGUCUCCGUGUCGCUGCUGGUCGUCCUCCCCCUCAGCCUGCAGAGGAACAUGAUGUCCUUCAUCCAGUCCUUUUCAGCCAUGGCUCUCAUCUUCUACACCCUGUUCAUGUUCACGAUGGUGCUGUCCUCGUUCAAACACGGGCUGCUCAGCGGCUGGUGGCUAGGGCAGGUCUAUGUGGUGCGCUGGGAGGGUGUUUUUCGCUGUAUCCCUAUCUGUGGGAUGGCCUUCGCCUGCCAGUCGCAGGUGCUGCCAACGUACGAUAGCCUGGACGAGCCGUCAGUCAAACGCAUGAGCACCAUCUUCACCUCCGCCCUCAACGUGGUCACCAUCUUCUACAUCACCGUGGGCUUCUUCGGCUACGUCAGCUUCACGGAGAACAUCGCCGGCAACGUGCUCAUGAACUUUCCAUCCAACCUGGUGACAGAAAUGAUCCGGGUGGGCUUCAUGAUGUCUGUGGCCGUUGGAUUCCCCAUGAUGAUCCUGCCCUGCCGCCAGGCCAUCAACACCAUGCUGUUUGAGCAGCAGCAGAAAGAUGGGACGUUUGCUGCCGGAGGUUACAUGCCCCCUCUGCGCUUCAAGAUGAUCACACUCUGCAUUGUUUUUGGCACCAUGCUGGGAGGCAUUCUCAUCCCUAAUGUGGAAACCAUCCUGGGUCUGACCGGUGCCACCAUGGGCAGCCUCAUAUGCUUCAUAUGUCCCGCUCUCAUCUACAGGAAGAUUCAGAAGAGCGGCUUCAUUUCUCAGCUGGUCCUCUGCGUUGGCCUGGGAAUCCUCCUGAUCAGCACCUUCACCACGCUCUCCGUCUCCAGCAGCAGCCCCAGCUACAAAGUCCCAGCUCCUCCUCCCCCGGCACCCAACAGGAACAUGGCGCCUCUACCAAACCUCCCCGACCCGCACGAUGAUGCUGCGGUCAAAAAACCAGUAGAAAUAGAGAAGCCUGUUCUUCCAGAAGGGAACGAGGUGCGGCCCGCGGAGAGAGACGCCGAACCCCCCCAGAUCAAAGGGCCCGUGGAGAAGAAGAAGGAGGAAGUGGUGCAGCUGGACCGCCCCGAAGCCGUUGUGCCGGACGGAGAAGCCCACCGCCACGAACCGCCCAUCCCUCAGGACGAAGUGAGGGUCAACUCCAGGAAGGACAAACCAGAGCUGGAAGAGAAGAAACAAGCUGAAGAAGGGCUCAAAGCAGAGCCACAAAGGGAGGAGCCGGGGCCCGACCUCAAGAAGGACGACAGGAAAGAACGAAACGCAGAAGAGGCCGUUGGAAGGAAGGAAGAGGGGAAGGCGGGUGGUCCGAUGGCAUCCAAUGAGGUGCUGGAGAAGCCGGUCAGAGAGGUGGGCAAGCAGGACUCUGCCGCACAGAGGGAGGCGGAAAAACCUGCCAAAGAAGCUAAUGCUGCAGAAAAGGCUCCACCUGCUGAAGGAGAGCAUCACCCUGUGGCAGACGCUGGCGCAGCCGCAGACGGCAAAGACACUGCAGACGAGAAGAUGGACGUGAUAAAAAAGCUGGUCGCAGAGGGCCAGCUGGACCACGCCGUGCUGCUGCAGGUGAUCAAGGAGCAGCAGGAGCAGCAGAAGAGACUUCUGGACCAGCAGGAGAAGCUGCUGGCCGUCAUAGAAGAGCAGCACAAGGAGAUCCACCAGAAGCAGCCGGGCGGAGCUGCAGAUGUUGAGGCAGAGAAGGGAGUCCAGGACGAAGGAGCGGGGAAAGCCAAAGAUCCCGACGUGGGAUCAGACCUGAAGGCAGCAGCAGCUGGAGGACAAGAUGCUGCUGCUGGGGAGCAGAGAGCGGCUCCAGCUGGGAACGCAGCAGGCGAGGCCGCCAAAGAAGCUGCUGCCGCUUACAAGGAGGACGUCAAAGCUGCACCAGGAGGAGAGUCUCAGCAGCAGCAGAGCGAUCUGGGGGCCCGGGGGGUCCGGCUAGGGAAGAAAAUAUCCGCAGAGCUUCAAAAUGAUCAGGCGUCUCAAGUCAAAGACGAAGAAAGAAAACUCGAUAAGGAAAAAGAAGCGAUGGAAAACCUGAAAAAGGACACACUGGACAAGGACAAACUGGACGGAGACGGAAAUAAAAAUAUCGCCGGUGAGAACGAGCUGGAAAAGGAAAAACGUCAGAGGGAGAUGAUGGAGAAGGAAGCCCAGGCACAGCUGGAUGAGAGACGGGAAAAACUGCAGUUAGAGAGUGAGAAAGCUGAAAAGGAGAGGAUAGAAAGAGAGAAAGCUGAAAAGGAGAGGAGAGAGAAAGCUGAAAAGGAGAGGAUAGAAAGAGAGAAAGCUGAAAAGGAGAAGAUAGAGAGAGAGAAAGCUGAAAAGGAGAGGAUAGAGAGAGAAGUGGAGGCGCGGGUGGAAAAGGAACGAGAGAAGAGAGAGAAGCUGAACAGAGAGCAGGAGCUCACCGAGAAGGCAAAGCAUUCUGAGAAGCUCCGGGUUGACGAUGAGAUCAACGAGAGAGCAAAGAGAGAGCAGGAGGCGAAGGAGACUCAGGAGAGGCUGCAGCAGCUGCAGCUGGUUCUAGAAGCCAGAAACGCAGAGGGAGACGAGGGCGAAGCUUUGAAAAAGGGAGGAAGAGACCUGAAAGAGAAAGCUUCCUCAGAGGCCGGAGCCAACACCGACGCUGGGGCCAAGAAACGCCUCCAGGGCUCCCACGAGAAUGCCAGGGACCAGGGAGAGACGGAUCUGAGGCGCAGGAAGAGAGCCCUGGGGCCCGGAGAGGCCGCAGGGCCCCCGGGGGACGCCGGAGGAUCCAGAGGGGUCCACGGCCUGGAGCCCCUCCUGGAGCUGGGGGGCCCAGACCUGCAUGCUGCCCUGGAGCAGCAGCUGCUGGCCGGGGGAGUGUUGCACUCCAGACAGAUUAAACAGGUCGCAGUGGACGAUGGCGCAGAAUAACACACACACACACACACACGCACACACACACACACACACUCUCUGCACCUCUCCAGCUGUACAGCACAAACCUGCAGAACCUCAGAACUCCGCUGCCUUCAUCAGCCUCUGAUCCACAGCUGACCCAAAGUCUGUAAAUAUUAACUUAUUUUUGUCUCUUAUGAACAUUCUGGAAAGGUCACUGUGUAAAUAGAACUAUCUCUAUGCAAAAUCUGUCAUUUCUGAGCAGGAAUAUUCUGUAUGUAGUGUUGAUAUUUGUGUGGAUGGAACCCGCCUCUAGUUUUCACGCUGUGGUGUUUUUGUCGUCUCGGUCCCUGUUGUUCUGUUAAACCCGGUUAAGGCUCUCCUGUGCAUCGCAGCCUCAUAAACGGCUCAUCAGCUGAACGUAACUCUCUUCCUUGGUGCCUUCCCUUCAAUAUGCUGCAAAACAGACUAAAUGUGCAAUUUUUUUCCCCCCCACACUUUUUUUUCUCUUUUCUCCUUUUUUACCUUCAUUUUUCUACACAAUAAGAAUAAAAUGAAGGCGAUGAGAUGUGCGGUUGGAAAUCUUGUCUGUAUUUUCUGAUCUCUCCUGUGAAGAUCAAGAUAAUUUUUACAAGCAGAUUUUUCUACGUGUAAUAUUUUGCUUAUAAAAAGAUCCAAUAAAAGAUAUUCAACAUUA